UCCUGAAAAUAAACGGGCCAAUCAGAAACGAUUCUGGGCCAUCACCUUGUAGACUUUCUUCUUCUUUGUAUUUAGAGAGAGAGGUGUGGAUCCCCAGGGCACCCUGGUUCUUUUUCCGCCCAUGUGCCGGGUUGAAUGCAGCUAAAGCCUCGGGAAAUAUCUGGUUUUAGCUUUCAGCAGGAGAAAGUUCAUUUUCUAUUCAACUGAACCCAACUGCAUUGAACGAACCCACCGAACCCAGGGAGAGAAUGGUGAACAUGUGGUGGUGCAGACCGCUGGUCCUCUUAUCUCCCAUCCUCUCCAUGUUUACUGCUGCUGGACUUUGGGUCGUGUACUUCAUUGCUCUCCACCAUGGGAAAGUGCUGCCUCUGACCUCAGCAUACAGAAAGGGAAAUCUAUCUGCAUAUCCUCCCUACAUCAGCUUCACAGGGAAUUUCCCCCCAGCCAGCUGCUACUUCAGUGAGAUCUUGAACCUGGCAGCGUUCGCAGCGUUUGUCGUGGGCAUCCUCAGGUACUUCCAGCUGAAGACCAAAUUAGACAAGAGGUGGCUGAACAUUUUCAGUGUGGUGUGUUUCUCCAUCGCCUGUUUUGGGAUGACGAUUGUGGGAAACUUCCAGCUCCUUGAGAUGUCGGUGAUUCACAACUUGGGCACGUUCCUGGCGUUUAUACUGGGCAACUUGUACUGCUGGCUUCAGACUUACAUCACCUGGAAAGUUAACCUGAACAACCAGGGGAAGGUGGUUGCUAUCGGCCGUUUGGUGCUGUCUGCGGCCAUCUCACUCUGCAUUAUACUGAAGCAUGUCCUGGCUGUUAUCCCCCACAUGCACACGGUUCGCUGCCAGUGGGCCGUGGUCAUGCUCUUUCUCAUAUACAUCAGCACUUUUGCCAUUGACUUUCGUCACUGCCGCUUUGAGGUGGUGUGCCGGGACACGGUAGAGCGUCAGAGUCAGUGUGAAGAUGCUAAUGGCUCCAGAGAGCAGCAGCUAGAGCUAUAGGAGUGCCACAAGGUCUUGUGUUUGAACACCUGAACAUAUCUCACUAUUCAAGUUGGUUACAAUGUCAUGUUACAAUGUUAUGCUUUGUAUUAGUGUUUCAUAUAUAUAUAUAUAUAUAUACAUAUAUAUAUAUAUUUAUCUUCAUGAUAUAUUUUGAUUUGUCUUAAUGAGAUACUUGAUACAGCUUCAUGUUUACAUCUAAGGAAGUUUGGUCUUCUAACUGGUGCUGAUCGCCGCUAAGCUGGAUGUGACACUAUGAUCCUGCACUGAUGGACGGCAGACAGGCAGGCUUGUAUAAAUCAGAUUUGAUCAAUGCAACAGCUGAGUCGCAGUGUGAAAAAAUUAAAUAUGUCAGGGACCUUAAAUUUAUCACAAAUUCUGAGCAGAAUAGAGGAGAUUUGUUGGUUUGGUAUUGGACAACUCCAUGUCUCCAAUUGGAGACAUGGAGUUGAAGAACAAUGUGUGAGCUCUAAAACAUGUUUGGAUUAUAAUGUGUGAAACUGCAGACGAGUAGACAGAGAAAAAGUAGAACUCAUGAACUCUGAUGAGGUUCUGGACUGAAUCCUUUGAAAAUGUUGACCUCCUUGUUAUAGGAUGUCAACAUAUGGCUGGUUUAGCCUUGGUAAAAAUAUACCAUCAAACUGGAAGAGAUGCCAAACAAAUAGAUUUUAAAUGUUUAAAGCUAUAAGUUGAGAUUUUCAUGACAGAAAAAUGUGUACUUUUAUUUUUGAUUACAAGAAUGUAUGUUAUUACUAUAGUGUUGUACUUCAUUUCUAUUCUCUUGUUCUGCAUGCGUCACAUAUGUGAAAGGUUCAUUCAUUUCAGCAGAGCAGAUCAAGAAGUUCAACUCGGACUCAUUACACAGGAAAAUGUUUCAGAUGUUCAUGUAAAUCAUUCUGGCUUACAGCUACGAAAAGCUAAAACUCAAUUUGACUAAUUCUGAGUAUUAAAUACAUAAGAAAAAUAAAAAAUAAAUAACUGACACUUUCCACGUUGUGGAGAAAACCACAAAAUUAUUAAAGCUGGAUGUUCCAUUGAUGUCUCCAAGCGUAUUAGAUAGGGUAGAAAGUUGAGUGGAAGGAAAAAUUGUCCAAGUGAAAUAAGAUGGAAUUUCUUAUUCUUUAUUGUACAUCUGUGGCUCUAUGUAAACUUGGUUCAUACAAAAUUUUAUGUAUCCCCUACUUAUCAUAACAAUGAUAGGUAGUUAGCUAAAGCUAACCGAGUUUGCUAAAAAUUCAUUUCUGCUUCAAAGUCAAGAUGCCGACAGUUUCCUAGUAGUAAAAGUUUAGAUAUUCAAUCAUUGCAUACAAGAGUUUCGUCAAAAAAAAUAAAAAAUAAAAUAAAUGGUUUUUAUAGUUUCAUUUUAAAACGGCUCAAACUAAAGAGACGCAGGCGUCUUGUGUGAGAGAAGGUGUUUAUUUCUGAAUUAGUACCGACUCCGUUUACACAUUUGAUCGUCGCUCCGGCACCGUUUUCCUCCUCCGUUACAGACGACACACGUUAAGACAGACAACGUCUGCCUGCCGUGAGGUUAAGACUUUCACACAGUGAUUCUACGCUCUAAAACACAACCAGAGGUUCCGAAUGAAGAGCGUCUCGUAGUCGCACAGGCAGACGACGGUGACAUCACGCUCCUACACAAACAGCUGGAAAGUGGAAGUCAGACACACGGUUCACCUAAAAGUUCAAACGUCAAGUAAUAACCUCACAGUUUCUGUGAUUGCACAGCACCUAUCCACGGUCUCACAGUCCAGUUUGGGUUGCCAUGACACCGACCUCCCGCUUCUGGUCGUUACAUCACUCUGUACAAAUGAAGGCAUUCCUGCCGUGAUUUCAGGGAUACAAACGCCAAGCAAAGAGCAUUCAGCUUUUCCACAUUUUGUCAAACUUCUAUGUGUUUUAUGGACUAGACCAACAUAAAAAAGGAGCAAAUAAUAGUAAAGUGGAAGCAAAUAACAUUUUUAGCAAAUACAAAAUCUGAAGUUAUUUCUAUUCAGCUGCUUUACUCUGAUACCCUUAAAUAUAAUCGCAGUGGACAGAGAAGGUUUUAGUCAUUUUCAUCUACGUCGUGGCCUAAAAUUACUCAUUUUGCAGCACAUUUUAAGUAAAUUUGUGAUGUUUUAUUUUUUACUUUAUUUUUGCCAUCUUGUAAAAAACUUGAAAUGUUACACAUAACCUUCCCUUUCCUCUGACUUUCUCAUCAAGUUGUAAUCUAUCCUCUCAGAAAAAAACCCAUGUCAUUGUCCUGCUGCUGCCUCUGCACUAACGUCUAAUCUCUGACUGAUGGGCAUUAAAAAUGUAUUUUAAAUGUGUGGAAAGCAACAGCGAACACAACUUCUGUAGAGAAAUGGAAAAGGAUUGACUGGAAAGCAAUGACUGCAAAAGAAGUAGCAACAAGCCUAAUAUGACAGAGUUGCAAGGGCUAGCUCGUCUUUUAUCUUCUGGUGGAGAGAUGCAGUGGUUGGUCAGAAAAGGAUGAAGCUGAAAAUGAAGCGAAAUUGCAAGAACAACGACCGAAUUUGCAUUUGUAGCAUCUCUCUGGAGAGACUGAGAAAUCCAGAUGUUCUGUGAAGGCGUCGCAGGUAUAUUAGAGAACAAACAGGGUUGUAGUUGUAGAGAUAUUUUUAAAAAACCCACACAGCUUAAAGAGCAACAAUGCAAACUAUUCUGAAAACAUCUUCGCUGCGACGCACAGUGGUGACAACGUGAUGUUGUGGGGUUUCUAUUGAUGGAAAGAAAACCUGCUGGAAAGCCGUAAAACCCUUGAGACGGAGGUGGAGUGACCCUAAUGAGCAAUGUUCUCGUGUUGGAGUGGUCUAGUCAAAGCAGAGACCCACUGAAGCGAUUGGUAGAGAACUUUGCUUCAGAAUCACGCAGGGCACACGGCAAGCUUUCA